AUGAUGAAACGUGAACCAACUAGAUUAACAUUGACAGACAAUGAAAUAGCUGACAUGAUAGCCAAUUUAGAAACAAGAAAGUUCGAAGAACAAAUGAAAGCCUCAAAAUUAUUGGAACAACGAAGAAGUAAUAUGCAACCCUUGGAAAUAGAUAGCUCUAAUAUUUUUGGAAUACGGUCUAUGGAUAAUUUUAAUGAUGAUAUAUCGCAGGGAAAUAAGGAAUACCCUAAAUCUAUCCAUUUAAACAAUGAAAAAAUUAUCCAACAUACAAGAAACAUACCAAACCAUAUAACAGCAGAUACUACGUCGUAUAAUAAUGGUCAGUUUGCGUCAGAAGUGGAUAGAUUAGAUAUAGAUCAAAAUUUAGUACAGAGCCAUGGUAGUGAAACUGACAACAAUGGUACAAAUAGAUCAUCACUUACAACAUAUCCUUCUUACUCCCAACAAAGUGGCACUGCAACAAAUUACAUAAGAAAUAUCAGUGCAAGCAGUAAUGUAAGUGAUAGCAGACUGGAUGAAAGUGAAGAUAUAUUUGAUGAUACAAAUUCACCAAAUCAGCCAAACCCUUUCUAUAUGCCAGAUCAUUAA